AUGUGGGCCAUGAAUGAUAUCUUGACUUCUACAGACUACAUAGCAGUCAUAGGCACCAGCGGCACAGCCGCUGCCAGCACGUUAGAGGGUUAUGCCACUGCAGCUGAGACCUGUCUUCUAUUCAUCAACGCGUGGAGUGGCGAAGGUAACGACCGAACAGAACUUUCCAAUACCGACCAAGACAAUAUGAUCCUGAAAGUGGCCAACAACUGCAACAACACUAUCGUCUCUGACAACACUAUCGUCUCUGUGACCACAGUGGGUGCCCGUCUUUUGGAUGCCUGGAUUGAGCAUCCCAAUGUCACGGCCGUUGUCUAUUCAUCACUUCUCGGUGAACAAUCAAGCCAGGCUAUCAUCAAUGUGCUUUAUGGUCAUGUAAAUCCUUCGGGUCGCCUCGCCCACACCAUCGCUAAAAAUGAGAACAAUUAUCCAGUCAAAGUCUGUCUCACCGCGGAGUGUGCUUUCACUGAAGUCGUGUACCUCGACUACAGGUACUUCGACAAACACAAAAUUUCCCCACGGUUCAAAUUCGGAUUUGGUCUUUCGUACACCAGCUUUGAGUACGCCGCAAUCCCAUCCAUCUCAUAUGUCAACGAAGCUGCGCUGGGACUUACAGCCCCUCAGGCUGCCUUGGCUCCUGGAGGUCAAUUAGACCUGUGGGAUACCGUGAUGCAUUUGCAGUUGCGGAUCAAAAACACCGGAAAUGUUGAUGGCGCCGAGGUCGCUCACCUAUACGUGGGUUUCCCCGACGAGGCCGAGCAACCUCCCCGUCAACUGCGCGGCUUUGAGAAGAUAUUCCUUCGCAAAGGAGAAUAUGACACCGUCAGCUUCAAUCUACGCCGUCGUGAUCUGAGCUAUUGGGAUGUAUACUCUCAGACCUGGGUCAUCGCCAAGGGAAGGUACACCUUUUGGGUUGGUUCAAGCAGUCGAGACCUGCGCAGCAACACCACUUACACCAUUUCCUAA